CGCGCCGCAGGAGCCAUGAUCCCCUCUCACGCCGCCACCAGCAGGGCCAAUGGCUUCGCCCCUCGCUACUCACCGGGACAGAACCCCCCCGCACGGGGCUCCUCUUCGGGGAACGCCGAGCUCAUACUGCUCAGAGACACGCAAGCACCGCCACCGCCAUCGCCAUCAUCAGCAGCAGCAGCACCGCCCGCCGUAUCCGACGCUCUUCUUCUCGAGUCUCGAGGUGCCGCGCUGAGUCGCGACCCCGCGGCGCCGCCGGGCAGCGCUGGGGAAGCUCCGCGAGACACGUGGGGGAGGAAGGUGGACUUCCUGCUGUCCGUCGUCGGCUUCGCCGUGGACCUGGGCAACGUGUGGCGGUUCCCUUACGUGUGCUACCAGAACGGUGGAGGAGCCUUCCUCUUCCCCUACAUGGUGAUGGUUGUGUUUGGGGGGGUCCCUCUCUUCUACAUGGAGCUGGCUGGGCAGUUCCACCGAACGGGAGCCAUCUCGCUGUGGAGCAAGAUCUGCCCCCUCUUCAAAGGCGUGGGCUACGCGAUCUGCGUGAUGUCGCUCUACGUCGCCUUCUACUACAACACGGUGAUCGCCUGGGCGCUGUUCUACCUCUACUCGAGCCUCACCGCGGAGCUGCCCUGGGCGCACUGCGACAACGCCUGGAACACUCCCCACUGCUCCGACUACUUCCUGCGCGACAACUCCACGUGGGGGGCGCACUCGCGAUCGCCCGCCGAGGAGUUCUACACGCGGCACGUGCUGGGCCUGCACAACGCGUGGGGGCUGGAGGACGUGGGCUGGCUGCGUUGGCCGCUCGUGGCGUGCGUCGCGCUCGUCUUCCUCGCCGUCUACUUCUCCCUGUGGAGGGGGGUGCGCACGUCCGGCAAGGUGGUGUGGUUCACCGCCACGUUCCCCUACCUGGUGCUGGGCGUGCUGGUGCGCGGGGCCACCCUGCCCGGCGCGUGGCGCGGGGUGCGCUUCUACCUCACCCCCAACUGGGACCGCCUCCUCGACAGCGAGGUGUGGGUCGCAGCAGCGGCCCAGGUGUUCUUCUCGCUGGGCCCCGGCUUCGGGGUUUUGUUGGCGCUGGCGAGCUACAACCCCUUCCACAACAACCUGUACAGGGACGCGAUUGUGACCAGCUCCAUCAACUGCGCCACGAGUUUCAUCUCGGGCUUCGUCAUCUUCACUGUGCUGGGAUACAUGGCGGAGAGGCGCGGCGAGAAGGUGGAGGACGUGGCGAAGAACAUUGGCCCGAGCCUUCUCUUCAUCACCUACCCCGAGGCGAUCGCCACGAUGCCCGGCGCGCCAUUCUUCGCUGUCAUCUUCUUCAUCAUGAUGGUCACCCUGGGGCUGGACAGCACGUUCGGAGGGCUGGAGGCGAUCGUCACGGCGGUGACCGACGAGUUCCCCCGUGUGUUCUCGCGGCGCCGCGGGCUCCUCCUGCUCCUCGUGGUGUUCACCUGUUUCCUGGGCUCGCUGAGCACGCUCACUCAGGGAGGCGCCUAUGUGGUGAAACUGCUGGAGGAGUUUGGCACCGGAGUGGCCAUCAUCGCUGUGGUUUUGUUCGAGUCCAUCGCAGUCUCCUGGUUCUACGGUGUCAGGCGGUUCUCGUCCGACAUUAAGGACAUGCUGGGCUUCACGCCCGGCUUGUUCUGGCAGGUGUGCUGGGCGGCGUUCUCCCCCAUCUUCCUCUCCCUAAUCUGCUUGAGCUUCCUGCUGACGACUCCGCAGCUGCGACUCUUUGACUACGCGUUCCCCCCGUGGAGCAUCUCCGUGGGCUACGUGGUGUCGGCCUCCUCCUUCGUGUGCGUGCCGCUCUACAUGAUCUACGCGCUGGUCCGCGCGCCCGGCACACUGCGGCAGAGGCUGCGCGCGGUGGUGACGCCUGAGGCGAAAGGGAGGUCUCAACCUGGCCUCGCGUCUCCCCUCGCAGUCACGUCCCACGCCUGAGCGAGACAGCAGGGGGCCUCUGGGCUUGCCCUGAAAGGGAGAGAGAGAGGGAGCAAGAGUUCUCGGCCUUGCCCCCUGAGAUGCUCCUGCGUGGCCCCGUGGGAGACUGCGGCUUCAGCAAAGAAGAGUUGAGAGUGGUGGGGCACUGCCAACUUCUGGAUCACCCCCACCAUGAAAUUGCAUUCCGGCGACGAGGAACUUAACAAAACGAUAGCAUCACACAUCACAACAACAACAACAAUGACACACGUCGAUUAUGGACCGAUGUAUACAAUCAGGGAACAACUAAUGCGUGGUAAUUGUUCCCACAAUUUAUUUAGGGAGCUGAGUGGUUAUGAGGUGCAGGAUGAUGAAGGGGUUGAGAAUGAGAUGUAUGAGUGGGUUGUGGAAGAGGUGCAAAGAGAACAUGUGAUUGGAGAUUCAUUAUGAGUGGGCUUGGAAAAUAUUGAAGAGGUUCAGGAAUCUGGGGAGCAUGGGGAGGGUGGAGAAUUGGGCCCAGGAAUACAAUCGUUACGUGGAUUAUGUAUUCACCUCAGAAACAAUUCUACCAAUGAUGCAACGUGUCAGCGUCACCUUAUACGUUUAAUACAAAUAUGUUAUUUGGUAACACUUUCUGACUAUGGAAGGGAUUGUCUUUUACUCAACAGCUCGUAAUGGUUAACCAUGCACAUGCAAGGCUAUACGUCAGGACACAUACACAAAAAAAGUUGGCAUUCUUUUCAGACCCCGUGCCGUGACGUGCGGUCUCCAACUCACGUGGGUGUAAAUCUUGACUCGCUUGUGUUGUCAUCGAAACGUCCGAGAUUUUGUUUAUUUUAUUUUUCAUUAAUUUGAACCUAUUUACGUGACUUUACCAGAAGACCCAAAGAAUAAUCACGUGGUGUACUCCGACUCUCCGGCCUCUCUCCUCGUGUGCGACGAAAGAAGGGCCAUCGCCCCAAAUGUCGCCUAGUGUGUACAGUACUCGUCAUUGUAAAGCUAUCGUGUUGUUGAGCUGUUGAGUUGUCAUUUGUGCUUGUGCGCCACUGCCAAACGCAGCAGCAGCAGUAACACUAAACAAUGCUUCAUAGGGAGGUUUGCCGGUGAAGAGGUUGAGGAGGUUACGGUGCACGUGAUGCAGGAGGAAGAGAAUAAUGAGAUAAGGCCCGGGCAGCCUUGUUUAGAGAUGGGAAACAUCGUGGAGGUUUGGUAGCUGCAGAGCUUGAAGAGGAGGAUGGUGUUGAGGAUGAUGUUGAGGAUGAGGAUGGUGUUGAGGUUGAGGAUGAUGUUGAGGAUGAGGAUGGUGUUGAGGAUGAAGAUGGUGUUGAGGAUGAGGAUGGUGUUGAGGAUGAGGAUGGUGUUGAGGAUGAGGAUGGUGUUGAGGAUGAUGUUGAGGAUGAGGAUGGUGUUGAGGAUGAGGAUGGUGUUGAGGAUGAGGAUGGUGUUGAGGAUGAGGAUGGUGUUGAAGAUGAGGAUGGUGUUGAGGAUGAGGAUGGUGUUGAGGAUGAAGAUGGUGUUGAGGAUGAGGAUGGUGUUGAGGAUGAUGUUGAGGAUGAGGAUGGUGUUGAGGAUGAGGAUGGUGUUGAGGAUGAGGAUGGUGUUGAGGAUGAGGAUGGUGUUG